AUGCCGAGGCUCCGACCACUCCCUCAAAGAGCCCAAGAUUACGUAACCGUAGGUCAAAAAAGCCCCGGCCGGAGCUACUUUAGUCCCCGCUUCGAUGAUAACAAAGAGCAUUGGUACAGUGGUUACCUAAACACGAGUCAAACACUUCCCGUAAAAAUCUUUUUUUCCUAUGGUGGUGAAGAAGCUGCCGGGACUAGUGGUGCGGAACCUCGUGUUCUGAGUCAACGAUGUAAACAGCUCGGGCAACUGGAUAUAGAACUCAAUGAGCACCAUAAACUGCCUAUUCCUCCUCUGGGUGGCGCUUAUGAAAGGGGUUCAUCGGCAUCAUCAAUAACUGGAACAUUCACAGGGUCUAAGCGGAAACUCCUCCCAAUGAAUGGGAAAUUCUUUCGGGUUUCACCCUAG